GACACAAACUCCUCCCUCUCCACUACAACGGUCGACUAAAGCGAUGUCAGCAAAUGUUGAGCGUUGGCACGAGUCAAGUUUGGCAACAUCUUCGUACCCCGUCGUGAAACUUUUUUUUCGUGAAUUAUCAGGGCUUAGGUAAAGAGGAAGGGGAAGAGGCGAAUUUUCAAGGAUAUCUCCUUUCUUCCUUUCUCGUUAUGUAAGGCUCGCCUAGUUUUUCAUUGGCAGAGGGUGUGAGUUUCCGCGUUCAUGGACUUGUACUCUGUCUCCCCUCGAAGGCAGAACGAUCAAAGAAGAAAUAGUCUCCCUCAGCCUUUCGUUCUUCGCACAAACGUUGGCGGUCGAGCACGGCUUCGUUCACCGCCUCGCAUGCUCUCUACCUCUGCCCUCAAAUCGACCGGUGAUUGUGGUCUUGCUUGCCAGGAGCUCUUUAGGGUGUGGCGGAGUUUCAAGAUGUCGGGUGAUCAAAGUGCAGAGAAAUUGGACAACAUGCUGACGAGCAUGGAUAAGAUCCAGACAACUCUCAAACAGAUUGAGGUGAAUGGACGACCUGGAGACUCGGAGGAGUAUUACCCACCAAGAUCAGACAAACAAAAGGUGUUUGCAAGGAUUCGAUGUAAUGUUAUCACUGUAGGUGAUAUUGAUACAGUAACUCAGCAGUUUACAUCAGAGAUAUAUUUGAGUGUCACCUGGAAGGAACCAAAUGUUAAAGGCAAGCAGAGAGAGGAGGUAAAUUGGGAUGAGCAAUGGGAUCCUCGCAUCUAUUUCUUUAAUGCAGUGAACAUAGAUAAGAUGCAAACCAACCAUUACAUCAUUCCCAAUGAAGAUGACGAUCCUAGUGGUAGCCCGGAUGUUCGUUUAUCGAUCAGAAUGAAAGGAACAUUCAAGUGCAGUAUGCAACUCAAGGAUUUCCCCUUCGAUUGCCAGGAUCUGACCAUUAAACUGAUGUCUGAUUGGCCAGUAGAAGAUGUGGAGUUUGUGAAAGACAUGAACAUCAAGGACAGCAUCAGACUCGAUACAUUCACAGCUGGCCAGCAAUGGAAGCUAUGGAAACAUGUAUUAGCUCAACCAAUAGAAGAAGACAAAGCUUUAACAGGAGCACAUAGAUCUUAUCCUAUCUAUCAUAUCACCACACAUGUGCAACGAAAACCCGGCUUCUAUAUCUGGAAUAUCGCCCUCAUCAUGCUGCUGAUCGUCAUCUUAACUUUCACAUCGUUUGUGGUAGAACGAGGGGCUCCAGCAGACAGACUAAGUGUGACUGUCACUCUACUUCUCACAGCAGUAGCAUUCAAAUAUGUCGUCAGUCAAUCUCUACCACUCAUAUCUUAUCUAACCAUGUUGGACAAGUACGUGCUAUCCUGCCUCAUCUUCCAAUGUUUGGUGGUCGGUCAGAACGCUUUAUCAGCCGUAGUCGAAAUCAACGAUCCCGAUAAAGAGAAGGACUGGGCUAAAUGGUUCGAUUUUAUCUCCAUCAUCGUGCUCGCCGGCAUGGUAUUCAACAUCACCGUUGGGUUUAUCAUCUCUAGUCUUAUAAGGCAAAAUAAAACAACUAAGAAGAUGAAGAAGAUAACAGCCGGAUACUUGGAAAAAUGCGAGCAGAUUAACCAGAAUUGGCAGACCCGCCAGCGGAACCGAGAGGCUAGCAGGAAGAGCAAAGAGGAGCGAGAAAUUCCACCGACGGAGAAGGCCGUCCAGGCCGGUGCCGCUGCCAAGGGAUUGAGUUGGAAGAGGGCUAGUAAGGAAGUGGGUAACAAUGGCAAAAGCAACGUAGAGAUGCAAGGUAUUAAGACGGAAGCCAGCCUCAAACCCGAGUCCAGUUCCCAUCCUUCUGGUAGUGCCUCAAGUCAACAAACUACUGCUACAUUCGCCGUAUAAACAUUAUCCCGUCCUAAUAUAGCACACCACCAGUCAACGAUCUGACUGAAAUGAUACAGAAAUAUGAUGGCACAUUCGUCGCCUUACCUCACUGGUGAAAAUAAUCCACUGCUCAAAUCGUUAUAUCAAACGUUUAUAACAAUUUAGAAACACUGUUACAUAAUCAUUGGCGUCCUCAGUCAGAUCCCGUGUGCAUCCGUUAAACAAUUUUUCAUCAGAAGGUGCAAGAAGGCCGUAAUUUUUUGCCGUGAAAUUUAGAUACACUAAACACCCUAAGAUCUGUAAACCAGUUGAAUUACAAAAUGAAACUUUCAAAUGAAUAAGAAUAACUUUUGAUGACAGUAUUUGUCAAAGCAUUUGUAGUGCAAUAUGAAGGGCACAACGAACUGUUCAGUUCAGAUGUCAAUCAACAUUCGAUACUCUCCACCCAUGUGAAUGAGUUUAUAAUUUUGAAGGAUACCUCAGUCGACGAGAGUUGUCCCUGCAUGUAAGUUUCCCUAUACAGAUUCAAUUUGACUCGGAUUGCCUUCAGGCUGCGAGUCAUUUCCAUUCUUAGUUGAUGUGACUUAGAUUACAAAUUAAUUGACUCGGGAUGGUGUGGCGUUGAUUGAAAUCAACUCCUACUGAGUCAAAGAAAUCCAAGUCUUUCAAACUCAGAAUGAAAUUGACUCCUGAUUGACGAAAUUUUUAGUCAAAUUUGACUCCGAAGAAACAAGAGUAUGUAUUGGGGCAGGAUUUCAUACAAUCAUCACAAGGAUCAGCUUACCAACAUGUUUUGAAUAUAAGAUUGAUCUCUAACUAUCUUUUAAAGAAAAAUCAAAAUCUCGAUUUUUUUUUUUUUCAUAAAAGUAGAAUAAAAUGUUAUUACAAUUUUUUUGCAUUCAAUUCACAACGCUGUGGGCAGAGUGUUGACGCCCUCUACGUUUCAUAAUUAUUUUGGCAAGGCCUGCUUGUCUUGCACUGAUCAUUAACGAAUAAACUUUUGAGAGUGUAUAAUUUCACAAUUUAAUCAGUUAAAAUUAAGACUACACAGUAAUCAGGUAAUUCAUUUUCCACUAUUUCGAAAAACAAUAUGAUUAUUCAGGCAAAGGAAACACAUAUUUAUAAACCUGUCAAGAACAGAAUUGUCAAACGAAGAGAAAGUGAGAAUACUUUUUCAAGCAUCUCAUUUAUUUUUCACCUGACUUGAUGAAUGGAUUUCCAGUCGUUAACUUAUAUGUGAAUAAUUUAGAAGCUGAAUAAAGGGGACUGUUUUUUAGAUAAUUAGAAUGAGGCUUUUGUAAUUGAAUUUUUCAUUUUAUGUUUCUUAGAAGAUAUUCUCGUGAUUUAAGUGUGAUUCGGGUACAAAGGACAGAUGGAGCUAGAUUAUUGACCAAAUCUAAAAUUGUAAAAAUUGACUGAUUGUUCCAUCUCUUGUUGAGUUGAUCAACAUUAAAAUGGCCUUUAUCAUAUUCGCUGUACUAAAUCGACUGUUCACUUCUAAGACAGAUUUCAGUGCCCUGUUUUGUAGAACUUGGAGACGAUUUAGUUGGCUUUUAUUGCCAUUUCUCCAGAUUGUACAAUAAUAGUCAAAUAUCGGUUGGAUUAAAGUCUUGUGCAGCAUAUAUGCUCUUACAGCUCUUACAACACAGCUCUUAUAAGAGCUGUGUUUUUGGGGUAUAUAACAUCGAAUGCGUUUUAAAGAAUUCUGUAAAACUUUUUUCCGAACACUCAAUUUGGGGGGGGGGGGUCCAGAUUAAGGAGCUGUCUAUUAUUACGCCAAAAUAUUUACAUUUGGCUUACCCUUUGCAAUUCAUAAUUUUGCAUUUGUAUUUUUACAUCAUCGAUUAGACGGAGCUUUGCUUUAGAUCAUAAUAACUAAUAUAUAUUAAAACUUAUUGGUGUUGAUUAAUAGUUCAUUAUUAGAAAACCAUCUAGAAAUUAACUUUAAAUCUCUGUUAAUAGCCAUACAUUUCUGGGCUCUUUAGAUGCAACAUCUGCAUAUAAAGAGAGGGAGCGUUGUUCUACAGAUUGACCAAAUCAUUUUGAGUGAUUAUAAAGAGGAGGGGACCUAGGAUACUCCCUUGAGGUACCCCACUUUCAACAGUACGAAAACCUGACAUAUCACCAUUGACAACCGUUGAUUGCUGCCUACCCAAAUAAUUGCGAAACCAUUUUACUGCAUCCUGAUCAAAUCCAAAGUAAGAUAAUUUAUUUAACAAUAAUUCAGACGAUAUUAAAUCAAAUGCCUUCUCCAGGUCUAUAGUGACCAUGCCAAUAUCAUUUUUGUUAGCAAAGUCAUUAGUAGUAUUUAACAAGGCAGUGGUUGUUGAGUGGCCUGAACGAAAACCAUGCUGGAUCAAGCAAAUUAUUGUUUGACAGGUAGUUAUAAUCCUCCCUGUGGACAAUGUGUCAAUGGUGUAGUGUAGUCGAUACCUUCUUUAAUUACAUGUGCUGGAAUUUGAUUCAGGCCAGUGGCCUUCUUACUUGCAAUUUCAUUGAUGUGUUUUUUAACAUCUCGACUUGAGAUCAGCUUAAAACUGAAAGUGGUUGAUACUUUAAGUAUUGAUCCAUAUUGUCGUCAAAGGUAAACCUUUCUUUGCGUUAGCUGCCAGAUCAACAAAGUUAUCAUUUAAGCGUGUGGCAAUUCCCUUAAAUCCCAAAAUAUCUUUACCAUUAAAAGACAGUUUGCGGAUUAACUUCUUGUGGGUUUUUUUUAUCAGGAAUCAUACAUCGUAAAGAUGUCCACAUAGCAGGACAAUUCCCUUUGUUGUUCAAGAUUAUCUCUGAAAUAUAUUGCUUUUUUGCCUUUCGUAUCAUAUCUGUAACAGUAUUUCUAAGUUUUCUUUAUAAUAUCCAGUCAGAUUUCGAAAAUUUAGCACGGUUUUUUUAUUUCAUUCCUUUCCUUUAUCUUGAUCAAUAUGUCACUAUUCAUCCAUGAGUUUCUUUUUAUGUCGCACUCUUUUUUCCUAAGACUGUAAGAGGUGCGUGUUUAUUCAAAACUGAACAAAAUUUACUGGACAAUAGGCAAUAUUAGCGUCUGUUUCAGAAAGAACAGAUCACCAUAAUUAUAGUGAUCGAUCAUGCCUAGUGGAAUGACAUCACAAAAAGUUAUUUUGUUAUGAUUUGAGGAAUACAUAACAUCAAUAAGUGUUGCAGAUGUCUGCGUCAUCCUCGUUGGCUUAUCAACAAAUUGUUUUAAAUUGUAUUCUUCUACUAAGUCAUCAAUCGUUUUGUUUGGCAAGUGGGGGGCCCUUUAGAAAUGCCACAAUUCAGAAAAAAUUUGUAAAUAUCCUGAUAUAAAGCGAUUGAUGUGUAUAUUGUAGAUGGAUUAUCUGGACUUUUAGUAUUUAUAGAUUUUAUAUGUAAUUGUCUUUAUUACGUUCAGAUAUUAUGUGAAGAUGUAUACCCUGUGUAAAUAGGAAUUUAUUUGUUCAUUUAAAAAACCGGAAUUAAAAGAGAUAGUGCAAUGUGCAAUAGGCACCAUAUAACAAGGGUUGGACCAAUGUCUUUCAAGAAAUAACUUGCCUCUGAGUUUUUAAUCUCAAAAUGAGUGGUAAGCGUUGACAAAGAAAAGAAAUUCGCUUUGAAAUGUGAAUUAUUGUAGUCCAUAAUUUCAUCUAAAAUUCGAUAGAUGACGCACUCUUGAGUUCUAUGAAUGUUUGUUUUGAUAUAUUUCUUCUUGCAUACCGUGUAGAUGUGGAUUCCAAUGCUUUGUAUAUACAUAUUCUCUGCAGAAUGUCAAUUUAUCAGGUAAAUUGUUUUGAAUGCAAGAGAAAGUGCAAUUAUUGUUGUCUUUCACAGUCGUUUUAUACCUGCUUGAUACUACUAAAGAUUGUUCAUGUAUUAAUAAAUCAAGAAGUCUAUAGUUUUUGUUGUUUGUUAAAAGACACAAUAAAGGAUUAUAUACCGACUUUGUUCAGAUAA